GUCACUGUUUCAUUGCGACGAUCUACGAACGCAGCGAAAGAUUAUUUACAUCUUCAGCCUUCGAUCUCACCGCCUCGCAUUUGAUCGACCUCUGGGACUCAUCUCAGCAAGAAUGACGGAUAGAUACAACAUCCACAGUCAGCUGGAGCAUCUCCAGUCCAAGUACAUCGGCACUGGACACGCCGACACCAGCAAGUGGGAAUGGCUGGUCAACCAGCACAGAGACUCGUACUGCUCCUACAUGGGACAUUUCGACCUGCUCAACUACUUCUCCGUGGCUGAGAACGAGAGCAAAGCCAGAGUCCGCUUCAACCUGAUGGAGAAGAUGCUCCAACCGUGUGGACCGCCUUGUGACAAACCCGAUGAUGCCUAAAUUACGCUAGAGUGAGCGCUGGAUGUUUUUAUAGGAUGUUUGUGCAUUUCAUUUUGUCUUCUGUUGGACACAACUUUAUUUACUGCUAAACAUAUUCAAUGUGAACCUGUUUUGAAAUUUCUGACCAUAAAACUGGCCCUAAUUGACCACGCCAGCUCUAAAUGGACUGUGCAGGUUCACAACAGAUGAUACAUGGACAUAGAUCUUUACAUUGAUACUUCUGGACCACUUAAAACACAUUGUCUUUUGCCCUGCAAUUGUCAAGGAAUUUUUUCUGUAAAUGUUGAAGAAAACAAAGUAGGAAAAGCUUAAAGAUCUUAAGAUUUCCAAGAAGAGAUGAUGGAAAAGAGUGGUGGACUUUCAUCUGUCAAGUAUUGUAUUAACUGAUGGAGUUGUGUUCUGAUGUUUUGAUUUUUAUUAAAAUUCACGUGUUUCCA